AGUCCUGAUGCUGACCUGACACAGUGGAUUUGGCAGCGCUCAAGACAGGAGGCGAGGUUUUACGCACGAGUCCCGCUCGCGAUUACAAGCAACUGACAAACCCGUAGUAGAGAAGGAUUCCUGUUCUCAUGGUGGGUGCCUCAUCUGCCCGACGAGGAGAGCAAGGUGAAGUGCUGGCCAAUUGAAUGUUACCUUCAGUCACCAUGGAUUACGGACGGACCAUGGCCCCUCCGGUGCCCCCGCACAAUCCCAAACAAAUCCGGCCAGGACAGGCGCAGGAGCGGCUGCUGAAGUGCGUACUGCUCGGCGACGGAGCGGUGGGCAAAACCAGUCUGGUGGUCAGCUACACAACGAAUGGCUACCCAACCAAAUACGUCCCCACUGCAUUUGAUGAUUUCUCAGCUGUGGUUCAGGUGGAUGGAAACCCAGUGAGACUACAAUUGUGUGACACUGCAGGACAGGAUGAGUUUGACAAACUCCGCCACUUCUGCUACAGCCGGACAGACGCCUUGCUGCUGUGCUUCAGCGUGGUCAGCCCAGCCUCCUUUCAAAAUGUCUGGGAAAAGUGGGUCCCCGAGAUCCGCCGGCGCUGCCCCCUCACACCCAUCCUCCUUGUGGGCACACAGUGCGACCUGCGGCAGGAUGUCAAAGUGCUGAUCGAGCUGGCGAGGCGGAGGGAGAGGCCAGUGUUGGAGGAAGAUGCCAGGGCGCUGGCGGAAAAAAUUGGGGCAGUGACGUACAUUGAGUGCUCGGCGCUGACGCAAAAGAAUCUGAAGGAGGUGUUUGAUGCGGCCAUCGCUGUUGGGCUGAGGCAGUCUGACAGGAGGGUGAGGCGGGAGAGGAAGGUCCGCAGCACAGCCGAUAAGAUGAAGAUGCUCUCAAAGUCGUGGUGGAAGAAGUACGUGUGUGUCCAGUAGGGAGGGAGGAGACUAUUUUCCUGUGACUGAUGAUAAAACUGGAACUGCUGACUUGUUGGAGGGGACUGAGUUUGAUGUAAGGUUUAUUUCUAUGUUCACCUGGACGACCCCAUGUGUGGUGGCCAGAAUGACAUUAAUUCAGUGGAGCAAUAACUCAACAGUGGCAGCAAGUGCCUGCCUGCGCUGUAGAGUCAUUGCAGAAAACAUCUCAGAGAGGAUGAAGCUGUGACCACUGUCUGCUCCUCAGAGCCAGUCUGAACUGUUAAAUAUGACUGUGACCAGCAUAUGACCAAAAAUAAUAGAGCUAAUAAAGCUUUAUGGCACGUGGACUGCGUAUCAUACUGGACACGUCCAAAGGAAAUGUGAGCCAAUUUGGAGGGGAUGUGUUCAGACAGUGAUGUAAUGUACUAAAAGUGUACUCCUCCUAUGUGUCUGAUUUGAUGGCCUUCUAUAACAAAGUAUAUUAUUUUAUGUGCUCUACACUGUAAUUCAGCCCCCAACACUUCUGAUAGAUUUAUUUCACUGAAAUCAGAACGCAGCGUUAAUAUAAACUAGCUUAAAUCUCCAAUCAAAGAUGCAAUAAUUCUACUGUUAACAGCCAAAGCCAAUCUUGCACCUUGUUUCCUAAAUCAGAAGCAACUCCACUGAGUCAGAUGUGUAACUGAUCACGUUUAUUUUAACUCAUUCCCUUUUGGAUUACAAUCAAAUGUAAAUGAGUAUAAUUUUUUAUUAAAUCUAUGAGUUCUUGGAGAAUAUUAUAGUCCAACCAUUCAGUUCUGUAUUACUGCGAGCUUGUGCAGGGAUUUCUCUAAACCAGCUUGUGUGUGUGCCACAUUUUGAAGUGUUGAUACAGCUGUCACACUGUUAAUCGACCACACAGUUAGAGGUCUGUAAGCUCCUCACCAGCACACACCUGCUUCAGUAGAUUGAUGCCACUAAACAUUAACAGAGUAAACUGAACGACCGUUGAUGUCAUAGUUUUCCGAAAUUACAAGGUUGCAGCAAUACAUUGGGUGGUGCCACUGUACAUUGCACUUAUCACACACAGUCCAAACACAUCACUGAAGUCUUGCCAUGCAAUGGCCUUUGGAGCAGUGGUGUGAAUUAGAUACGGAGCAGGUAAAUGGCAUCCGUGGUGCUUGAGAUGUACUCAGUGUCUCUGAAACAGACGCAGCUGAUCUGCAUGUUCCCUGCACUACCCACUGGUUUGGAUGAUCUUUCUAUGUUAUUGCAGUCAGGGCCUUAAACAGAUAAUUAUUGGUCUUUGGAGAUCAGUAUAUUGGAGCUCUCUCCUCUUCUGAAAUUAUACAGUGAAUGAGGUGAAAUCACCAAAGAGACUGCUUCUAUGUUUGCUUCUCAUUUUUCAGAAGCCUGUCAUUCAGCUCUGUCUAUUUAUCUGUUCCGUCUGGGCCAAUAACUGAUCAACAGCACUACAGAGCAGAUGUAUGAGAUGUCAUUAUAUGUCAUUAUGUAUGUUACAUAGUACUCAUUUAUGAUGUUUGUAAUGUCAUCAGGAUAAAUCUGUGUAUACAUACAGUAAGGUGACUCAGUCAUUGUCUGUGCUGUCCAACUCUAAAUGGUACUUAACAGUAUGAGUGUUUCAGUUGGUGUCUGAUUUUUGACAUAAGAGCAGUUUGUUGAGCUGUAUGAGUGGAACAAAAUAAAAUGUGAAAUAUUUAA